AUGAUAAAAGCAGUUUUGAUUAUUUUAACGGUGGCCGUUUGUUGUGACUGUUUGGAAGAAUUGGUAGAAGAUGCUAGAGCUAAGAAGAAAAAGAGUCCCGCUAAGUUAAUCGGCAUGAUCCUCUUAUUCGUGCUAUCAAAAGUGGCGAUCUUCAAGGCCGUCUCAGUGUUCUUGAUGAUGACCCUUUUCCAGAAAUUAUUUACGGUAGCUGGAGUAUUCCUUCAACAUUAUAUGAAGGAGAAACCAGCGCCGAUAUACGGUGCACCACAGUAUGACACAGUUGGAUAUAGCUACGGAGCACCAGAUGACAUUAUGAAGACAGGAUAUCCUAGCAGCGAUAUGACGAGCUCUUUUGACUGGCUAUUGACUAAGAAUAAAUGA